AUGUAUGGUAUCCCAUUGACGCCGCGUCAUGAAGUGAAGCGUAUUGCGGGUCGGAUCAUACCGGCGAUCGCGACAACUACUGCAGUAAUUUCUGGUCUCGUUUGUGUGGAGGUACUCAAAUAUUUCUCUUUGCUCGCCACCCUGUCGCCGAAACCUCACGACAUUCCACCUGCGACUUUGAUAGAGGUUGCUCGAAAUUAUUUUGUCAACCUCGCAGCGCCCUCCUUCUUUUCGAUCAGGCCCGUGCCCUGUAAAAGCCGGAGCCUGCCCAACGGUUUCACAGUUUCUAUCUGGGAUCCGUGGACUGUUGCUAUACCUCCUGAUGCGCCACAGUUCUCUCUGAGUGAUCUAAUCAAAAUGCUACAGGUGAGCCAUCUCUCAGUUCCUUGCUGGAUGUCGGCGUUCUCAGCCUCCUAUUACAGUCGUAUGCACGAUUUUGACUCAGUCUAG